AUGAAGAGCCUUGGGGGAAAUGGCAGCAGCGGGAGGCUAUCAAUGGAGGAGAAUGAGGAUGAAGAGACUUCGAGACUGGCCAUAUCAACCUUCCAAGCUAGAGAAGAGGAGAUUGAGAGGAAGAAGAUGGAAGUGAAAGAGAGGGUUGAACUUCAAUUAGGUCGUGCUGAGGAAGAAACUAGGCGCUUGGCACAAAUUUGGGAAGAGCUCGAAGCAUUGUCAGAUCCCAAUAGGAAGGAACUUGCAAAUGUAAGGAAGAAAAUCGACAUGGUAAACCGAGAACUGAAGCCUUUGGGACUCGGCUGCCAGAAGAAGGAAAAAGAGUACAAGGAAGCCCUGGAGAGCUUCAAUGAAAAGAACAAAGAAAAGGCUCAACUUGUAACCACAAUGAUGGAGCUUUUGACUGAGAGUGAGAGGUUGAGGAUGCAGAAGCUAGAGGAGCUGAGCAAGAACAUAGAACUAUCACAUUGA